AUGGCACUGAGCAAUCCCCAGCUCACUGUGAACCUUGCACCUGCUGCAAUCUUCACGAAUCGGGGAUUGCGCAACUCAGAAGCCUACUCCAAGUAUCUGCGUAGCUUCUGUGAUCGCCCCCUUCAUCCCGCAUUCAUCAUCCCUCCUACCACAUUCAAUCGGUAUGGAUUGAGGGUCAAUGGGUACAUCAAUGAUCUUGGGUGGAGCUCUCUGCUUCAAAAUCGGAUUCUUGAUCAGUGUCCUGAAGCUGUGAGAAUGUUCUAUGCAAGUAUGCAGUGCGGUCCUGGACGCUACCCGUCGUUCUUCACCACCACCGUCUACAAUUUCAGCGUGACAAUCACUGCCGAUGUGCUGGCCACUCUCCUGCAUCUUCCUCACGACGGCUACAUUGCUGGAACGACAGAAGAUUUUGACAGCUAUGGGUUCCAUCCCAUAGAUACUAUGUCGUAUCUAGCUCGUGAUUAUGGGAAGCACCUAUUCUCCAUGUUCUCAGUUGAGCGCAUUCCCGAUGAGCUGAAAGCCCUGCAUUUCUACAUCACUCGUCUGUUCCUUCCGUGGGACGCUGCCACGGCCUCAACUCUCGACGAGUCCGACUUGUGGAUUCUGUUUAAUGCCAAAACCAGCUGCCCGAUCAGUUACGCAGCUCUCAUGUUUAAUCACAUGAUUAAAUAUCGAGAAGAAGAAUGCAGCGGGAAGCUGCCUUUUGGUCCGCAGAUUACCUCACUGUUGUCCAUCUUAGGUGUUGAUCUGCGCGGGAAACUCUUCACCCGCGAAGUUCAUUCUGAUCUCCAGGCUCAGCACAUUCCGCGUCGCACAUUUUCGUCGCUUGGACCUAAACGGCUUGUCAAUGUUCAAGGGUGA